CGGGGAGGGGCGGAGGGCGGGAGGAGGGGAGCUCGCUGCUGCCGCCGCACUGCCCCGCAGCCGCUGCCCCGCCGCUCCCUCGCACUGCGCUCCGGCCAUUCUGUGGAUGGAGGUGUCCCGCUGAGCCCCGGGACCCGCCUCCCUCCGCCAGGACCCGCACAGGUGCAGUCGCGGGGGGCGACCUUGGUCCGGACCGACCCACGGCCGUGGGUGGGGGUUGGACAGGGUGGUGAGGAGGCCCUGCGACCCCGGGCUCCCCUGCCCGCAGGUCUAGGAGAGCCGCAGCCUCGAACCUCUUGCCCUGUGCCAUCCUGGAAUCGGAAUGGAAAAGCCUGGAGGCCGGCACUCUCUGUCCAGCCGUUCGCGGGAGCGCAGCGUGGACGCAGCGCCCGGCCGGGGAUGUGGGACCACGGGCACUGCAAGCAGUAUCAGAACCUGGGCCCCCAGCCAGGCCUGAUAAACGAAUCCUGAGAGCUGCUGCUGUGCCAGAAUGGAGGCCCCACUAGUGAGUUUGGAUGAAGAGUUUGAGGACCUCCGGCCCUGCUGCUCAGAGGAACAGGAGGAGAAGCCCCGGUGUUUUUAUGGCUCAUCUCCCCACCAUCUAGAGGACCCCUCCCUGUCUGAGCUUGAGAAUUUUUCCUCUGAAAUAAUCAGCUUCAAGUCCAUGGAGGACCUCGUGAAUGAGUUUGAUGAGAAGCUCAAUGUCUGCUUUCGGAACUACAACGCCAAGACGGAGAACCUAGCUCCCGUGAAGAACCAGUUCCAGAUCCAGGAGGAGGAGGAGACCCUGCAGGAUGAGGAGGUCUGGGAUGCUCUGACAGACAAUUACAUCCCUUCACUCUCAGAGGACUGGAGGGACCCAAACCUGGAGGCUCUGAAUGGCAACAGCUCUGACACUGAGAUCCACGACAAAGAGGAAGAAUUCAAUGAGAAGAGUGAGCAUGAUUCCGGCAUCAACGAGGAGCCUCUACUCACAGCAGACCAGGUAAUUGAGGAGAUCGAGGAGAUGAUGCAGAACUCGCCAGACCCCGAGGAGGAAGAGGAGGUUCUGGAAGAGGAGGAUGGGGGCGAAACUUCCUCCCAGGCGGACUCAGUCCUCCUGCAGGAGAUGCAGGCCUUGACCCAGACCUUCAACAACAACUGGUCCUACGAAGGACUGAGGCACAUGUCUGGCUCGGAGCUGACCGAGCUGCUGGACCAUGUGGAAGGUGCCAUCCGAGACUUCUCGGAGGAGCUGGUGCAGCAGCUGGCCCGCCGGGACGAGCUGGAAUUUGAGAAGGAAGUGAAGAACUCUUUCAUCACGGUGCUCAUUGAGGUCCAGAACAAGCAGAAGGAGCAGCGAGAGCUGAUGAAAAAGAGGCGGAAAGAGAAAGGGCUGAGCCUGCAGAGCAGCCGCGUGGAGAAGGGGAGCCAGAUGCCUCUCAAGCGCUUCAGCAUGGAAGGCAUCUCAAACAUUCUCCAGAGCAGCAUUCGCCAAACUUUUGGCUCCUCGGGAACUGACAAACAGUACCUGAACACGGUCAUCCCUUACGAGAAGAAAGCCUCGCCCCCGUCGGUGGAAGACCUCCAGAUGCUGACAAACAUUCUCUUUGCCAUGAAGGAAGAUAAUGAAAAGGUGCCAACUUUGCUAACGGACUAUAUUUUAAAAGUGCUCUGCCCUACCUAACCUCGACCCUGGGAGCAGCCUUGCCGCGGAGGUCACUGAGCAAGAGUCAUUCCAUCACAGGGACUGCAUGACACCACGUAACCUCCGGCGUGUAUUCAAACGUGUAGAGCUUAACCUGGAUUAAACACGAGCAAACGCGCGGGUCCUUUGCUGUUGUUGGCUUCUAGUCCUAGUAACCAUUGGAUGCAUGACAAGGGGCAGGGCUGGGGACGACUCGGCCUGCCCUCCGCCUGUGUUGGGGGGAGGCAGAUGCCCUUACCACUCCUUAUGUAGUUUGGCUCCAGCCCCCCAAAACAGCUGACACUUUAACACUAAUUUUGAAAUAAACCUUCAUUUAAUUAAUA